UGUAGGCACCCCGGGUUUGGUUGCAAGAGCAUUGUUGUAGUUAGCUGCUUAGCUAAUUUUAUCCGGGCAGCUUCCUCCUCGCUAUUAAAAGUGCGCGUAGAACAACAUCUUAAUUUUAAGGCCAACGUGUUGUGUUUCAGUAACACCAACAAAGUACUCGUAUGAAGUUGUUUACCGUUUAACUUUAACUCCAGACUAGCCACUCAACUAACGUUCGCUUCACUACUAGCAAGUCAAGCUAGCAAAUGUGUUUGUCUAUGCACACCAGUCUAGCUAGCUAGCUAACUCAAGUUCCUAAAUUCGCAGGAAUGAACCAUAAAAGUAAGAAGAGGAUCAAAGAGGCGAAGCGGAGCGCCAGACCUGAGCUGAAGGACUCUUCAGACUGGACGAAACAUGACUAUUGCGAGACUUUCGAUGUGUCACACCGCUCAGUGAAGGACAAUGUUGAGCGUGUGGACACACUGCGUCUCAGCGCAGAGGAGUUCAUCCAGCGCUUCGAGAGGCCCUACAAACCUGUGGUGCUGCUCAACUGUCAGGACACCUGGCCCGCCCGCGAGAAGUGGACCAUGGAGCGCCUCAAACGUAAGUACCGCAACCAGAAGUUCAAGUGUGGUGAGGACAACGACGGUUACUCUGUGAAGAUGAAGAUGAAGUACUACGUGGAGUACCUGGAGUCCACACAGGACGACAGCCCACUCUAUAUCUUCGACAGCAGCUACGGCGAGCACGCCAAGCGCCGUAAACUGCUGGAGGACUACCAGGUGCCAGUUUACUUUAGGGACGACCUCUUCCAGUUCGCCGGGGAGAAGCGCCGGCCUCCUUACAGAUGGUUUGUAAUGGGUCCUGCCCGCUCUGGCACUGGCAUCCACAUUGACCCGCUGGGUACGAGUGCCUGGAAUGCCCUGGUGCAGGGGCACAAGCGCUGGUGCUUGUUCCCCACCCACACGCCCCGGGAGCUGAUCAAGGUGACCCGGGAGGACGGGGGCAACCAGCAGGACGAGGCCAUCACCUGGUUUAACGUGGUGUACCCACGCACCCAGCAGCCAACCUGGCCUGCUGAGUUCAGACCCCUGGAGAUUCUGCAGGGACCAGGGGAGACCGUGUUUGUUCCUGGAGGCUGGUGGCAUGUGGUUCUCAACAUGGACACCACCAUCGCUAUCACUCAGAACUUUGCCAGCACCACCAACUUCCCCAUCGUGUGGCAUAAAACUGUGCGGGGCCGGCCCAAACUAUCAAGGAAGUGGUAUCGUAUCCUGAAGCAGGAGAGGCCAGACAUUGCUACCCUGGCAGACAAAGUGGACCUCCAGGAAUCGACUGGCAUCGCCUCGGACAGCUCCAGUGACUCUUCCUCCUCCUCUUCCUCCAGCUCCUCUGACUCAGACUCAGAGGCUGAGUCGGGCUCGGAGGGGGACGCCAUGUCUCACAGGCGGAAGAAGAGGAAGACAUGUGGCAUGAUAUCCAACGGAGACAGCAGCACCAAGGACGACUGUGUCAGCAAAGAGCGCAGCUCCUCCCGGUGACCCCCUCGCUCCACCCCGCCUCGCCAAAAGGCCACACCCAGGGGGACUCUCGCAUGAAGAGCGGCCAAUUUGUUUGUUUUAAUUUGUGUGUCUCCAAAGGAGAGUCUGGUGGCCCUCUGUCAGUCUGUUGGAUAGAUAAGAGGGCCAGCCUAACCCUAGGCUGUGAUAAAGGAGAUUCCCCCUGAGGCGUGGACCUGCUGGAGAUUUAUCUGCCCCCGCUCAGCUUCUAGUCAAAUGUUAAUCUAUAUUGCUGUUGCUUGUGGGGUGUGGGAAGAGCAGUAUUCAGUGCGAGGGAGGGGUGUUGACCUUUGGAGAGAGGUGGGCUGUUGCCUUGUUGUACACCAGGUACUGGGGCUGGGAGCCUAUCAGGCUGGCCUGUCUCCUCUACAGUGCCAUGGUCUUAUGUUGCUCAGUGGGGAAAUGUUUUCUAUUCACAGUGAGAUGAUGGAUGGAUGGAUAGAUGGAUGGAUGGAUAGAUAGGUGUGCUUUGGAUUGACUUUACUUUGUAGUACAUGGGAUGCCAGUUGAGUUUUAUCAUGGCAGAGUUGACCAUCUUUAGAUAUUGAAGUGUACAGUGAGUUUUGUAAGUUGAUACUGUAUGACAGGGUAAGGGUGGAGGGAGAUGCUGCUGCCUUAGUCUGCAAAAAAGCCACUGAUUUAUAUUUUUUAUUUAACAUUUCUGCUUUCAUCCUCUGGGCUUCUUUUGUUAGUAACAGUUGAACUGAUAUGUUUAUGUACUGCAAUCAAAACAGUUAAUUCAGAAUCAGUUAAUUAAAUUAAAUGGUUAGCAAAUCAACAGUCCACAAUCCAGUCAAGACCAUUUAACAAAUCUAGAAAGCAAUGAUAUCAUAUUUAUCUGCUGUUGGCAUCUGUAGUGCAGACUAAUGCACACAUGUCUAGUGAAACAACAGCUUUUUCAAGACUUAGCCCAAGUCACCCAGCAACAACUGUAAAGGCCAAGGGAUCCCCCCUGACUGAGAUUUAGCCGGUUCAGCUUGACAUUCAAAAGCUUGACCUUUUAGGAGGAAAUUGCCUAUACUAUACUCCCUUAGCUCCAGGUUGGGUAAGAUUAAUCACUCUCAGGUGCCACAAAUGAAUGUUGGGCUAUCAACAACAAAAUUCCACCCAAGAAACCACAACAAUAUUGCCUGGUUAUGUAAUGUUUCUAUGACUUUAAUUAUUAUUAUAUAUUUUUAUUUUAUUUAACCUUUAUUUAGCUAGGCAAGUCAGUUAAAAACGAAUUCUUAUUUACAAUGACGGCCAAACCCGGACG